AGAUGGUCGUAUUUUAGGAGUGGGAACGAACAUCAACAUUGUAUUCGCCAAUCAGUAGCCACAGUAAUUUGUUUGAUGAAGAUUUAUUUUUGUUGGUUAGUAUCAAUGAGAUGAUAUCGGAGGCAGGUUUAUAUAUUACAAUGAGCAAUAUUAUACCUGAUGAGAUCGAAGACAGAAAUCGAUGUGUUUAUUGUCCAUUAAGUAUCAAUAUUGCACUUAAUUGAAAUAAUAGGUAGUUCUGGUGUGUAUACGGUAAACGACUUGCAGAUUACUAAUUUUACAGUUAACUUAAUUUUUGACGAAUUACUUAUUAUAAAAUUGGAGGAAGCUCGUUCUUAAGUUCUUUAUUUAAUACAUUACUUAAUUAUCAAACAAUUAAAUUAAUGGAGAAGUAGUUAGAGGAAGACGUCAUACAGUUUGUCUAAUAUUCAAUUUAUAGACAAAGUAAGUAACAACAAAGUGGACUUGGGAGAUCCUAAAUAAACAUACACAUAGUUUGUCGUUGUUUGUGAAGGGCUAUGAACAAUACCAGUAACACAAACGCUAACAUGACGAAUACAAGUUUGGAUAUUCCAGCAUACUUGACUAUACAUUUAGGAGACAGGUACGUUAGUACCGUACAGUUAAUAGUCCUGAAUGUUAUAUAUAUUGGAAUAUUUUUAUCCGGAUCUAUUGGAAAUAUAUGUACAUGCAUUGUGAUAGCACGAAAUCGGAACAUGCAUACAGCAACAAAUUACUACUUAGUGAGCUUGGCCAUUGCUGAUCUAUUGACAUUGGCGAUAGCAUGGCCGCCGGAAUUGUACAGUAUUUGGGAAGCUUAUCCAUUUCGUUUUGGUGGUGAAUUUUGUAUUCUCAAAUCUUACAUUCAAGAAGGGACUGCAUAUGCUUCAGUUUUGACAAUCACAGCAUUCACAGUUGAGCGCUAUGUGGCAAUAUGUCAUCCAAUGAGAUUUCAAGGAUUUUCAAAUCUUUCAAGGUCAAUCAAAGUCAUUAUAGCGGUAUGGGUGGCUUCUUUUAGUUACGCUCUACCGUACGCACUUUAUGGAAAACAGUUUUAUUACGUACAAGAUCCAAAUACAAAUGAGCCACUUGAGGAUUCGCUCGUUUGUAGCAUUCCAUUUGAAUAUAUAGAUAUGAUGAAGAUAAUGUUUCAGGUUUCAUCUUUUGCAUUCUUUUUUCUUCCAAUGACAAUAAUACUUGUAAUGUACAUUCUAAUCGGAAUAACUCUGUAUAAUUCAGACAUGAUUGGGGAUAAUAAAAGUUUUUCAAGGUCAAGUAAAACGAGCGCAGCUUCAAAUUCUCUAGGACAACGAAAUAGUAACCAUGUAUACGACCCAACCAAAGCACGAAAGUCUGUUCUGAAAAUGCUUGUUGCCGUUGUAAUAGCUUUCUUUUUGUGUUGGGCACCGUUCCAUUCACAAAGGCUUAUGACAUUGUAUAUUACCGAGUGGACACCAGAGCUACAUACCAUACAAACAACGCUAUUUUAUAUAUCUGGAGUUCUGUAUUUCGUCAGCUCAACGGUUAAUCCUAUAUUGUAUAAUUUAAUGUCCAAGAAAUUCAGACAAGCGUCAAAGAAGACAUUGUGUAAAUGUUGUUUUAAAAAAGAGUUCAGCUCAAAAGCAAGUCUUUUUGGUAAUGGCACAUACAGAGAUAGACCAUCACAGUACUCCUACAGCAGGAUUUCAAGGAAUGGAAUGAUCCAGAGCCGAUCCACUACCCUGCAUGAGACGUCAGUUGCUGAUAUUUCUGUGCAUAGACACCAUGUGUAGAUUAUUUUCUUCAAGUUUAUAUGGACAUUGCACGCUUUUUGCAUGAUUGAUGCGAAGGAUUUAAAUAUUUGACAGCAUGGCGCACAAUUUUUAACUUUGAUUCCACCGGUGAAUUUGACAUGGGAAUUUCACUUUUUUUCUGUGUUGUAAAGACAUUUGUUUUUAAAUCACAUUUAUUACCUAAGUAGCAUGCUUUCAAUUUUAUUUCAUUGCAAUGUGUUUACGACUUUUGUCACUCACUUACGACAGCACAGAUUCACAUUUAAUCAGAAACAGUGCAAAAAGAAAGUUACAAUUGGAAAGUUAACAAUUUAAUUCCAGAAUGUCAGUGACUUAUCAGCUGAAUUUGUUUGUUUUUUCAAGUGCCCUUGUCAGACUGAAAAUGUCUAAUCGUAGGAUUUAACGGUUUAAACCCGUUAUUGGAUAUCAGAUUACACAGCUACGUUUUCCGAAUUGAUAAAAUGGACAGUUUGAAAGGAUUGUUUUUCUGUGGAACGUCGAUAGAUACGAAAAUCGGGAAAUCUCCACAACCAGCUGGGAGUGUGAUAUGAUGAAAGUUAAAUGCACGU